AUGUCUCAAUUACCUAUCUCGCAAGCAGAUUCUGAUUUUUCUGAACCUAAGCCGAAGCCAAUAGACUCGGUUAAUUUAGAAUGUUUGGAUACCCUUCUUGAAAAAUACUUGUGCCUGCUUGAUCGGCAGCAGAAGCUGCAGUCAAGCCUAGCAGAGCAAUUGUCAUCUGGAUUCUUUGCUCUCGCCCAAGCCAAUUUCUCUUGCCCUCCUGGGCGCCGUUAUGGCCCCGAUUACUUUGACGAGCGCAUGAAAGCAACGAGGAAUAUAUCAAUCAAAUCUGAGCGACACACGGAGCAAUCUACAAAGGAACUGCAAGGAAACGCGGGUACCACUGAGCCACUCGACGCUCAUUCCACAUUCUCUGUCGAGCUCAUACCGAGUCCUGUACCUGAGGAGGAUCCCAUUGGGAACGUCGAGGCUCAAGUCUCUUCGCCGGUCGAAGGCACACAACCUGAAUCUCCACAAGAAUCCCCCGAUUCUUCGCAGCCCAACAUAACCCUUGUCGAAAAACCAAGGGCUACUCGCAAGAAGUUCGGCUCUGCUGAUCCAAUUCAUUGGUAUGGGAUACUAGUUCCUCAGUCGCUGCGCAAGGCUCAGGCAUCCUUUACAGCUGCAAUCGAUCAUGAGGUGCCUGACUUGGCGAGCACGACAGAUGAAAUGCGGGCAUUGGAACAGCAAAUAACCAAUUUACGGGAUCAGCUGAAAUCUGAAUCAUCUCAUGAUACCAGUUAG